AAGGUCUCACUGCAGGGGGCCCGCGGGGCUCAGUGCUGCUGCGGCCGCCUCCUGCUCAGGUCCGGGGGUGCGGUCGUGCAAUAGGAAGCCGAGGGCGUUGCAAGCUUCCCUUCGGGCACCAGCUACCUGGCUCCACGUCCUGUCGGGUGCAUUCCACAGACACCCCCGGAUCCUCCACCUGUGGCCCCUAGAACUCCCUGCCCGCGUCCGCCAUGCCUCUCAGCCGCACUUUGUCCGUGUCCUCGCUGCCGGGACUGGAAGAUUGGGAGGAUGAAUUCGACCUGGAGAACACGGUGCUCUUCGAAGUGGCCUGGGAGGUGGCCAACAAAGUGGGCGGCAUCUACACGGUGCUGCAGACGAAGGCGAAGGUGACAGGAGAUGAGUGGGGCGACAACUACUACCUGGUGGGACCGUACACGGAUCAGGGAGUGAGGACCCAGGUGGAGCUGCUGGAGCCGCCCACCCCGGCGCUGAAGAGGACGCUGGACUCCAUGAACAGCAAGGGCUGCAAGGUGUACUUUGGGCGCUGGCUGAUCGAAGGGGGCCCCCUGGUGGUGCUCCUGGAUGUGGGAGCUUCAGCCUGGGCCCUGGAGCGCUGGAAGGGGGAGCUCUGGGACACCUGCAACAUCGGGGUGCCCUGGUACGACCGCGAGGCCAACGACGCCGUCCUUUUUGGCUUCCUCACCACCUGGUUCCUGGGUGAGUUCCUGGCCCAGAGCGAGGAGAAGCCACACGUGGUUGCACACUUCCACGAAUGGCUGGCGGGGGUCGGGCUCUGCCUGUGCCGGGCCCGGCGGCUGCCGGUGGCUACCAUCUUCACCACCCACGCCACGCUGCUGGGGCGAUACCUGUGUGCCGGUGCCGUGGACUUCUACAACAACCUAGAGAACUUCAAUGUGGACAAGGAAGCAGGUGAGAGGCAAAUCUAUCACCGCUACUGCAUGGAGCGGGCAGCAGCGCACUGCGCUCACGUCUUCGCUACUGUGUCCCAGAUCACCGCCAUCGAGGCCCAGCACCUUCUCAAGAGGAAACCAGAUAUCGUCACCCCCAACGGGCUGAACGUGAAGAAGUUCUCUGCCAUGCACGAGUUCCAGAACCUCCAUGCUCAGAGCAAGGCCCGGAUCCAGGAGUUUGUGCGGGGCCAUUUUUAUGGGCACCUGGACUUCAACUUGGACAAGACAUUGUAUUUCUUCAUCGCCGGCCGCUACGAGUUCUCCAACAAGGGGGCCGACAUCUUCCUGGAGGCCUUGGCCCGGCUCAACUAUCUGCUCAGAGUCAACAACAGCGAGCAGACAGUGGUCGCCUUCUUUAUCAUGCCGGCGCGGACCAACAACUUCAACGUGGAGACCCUCAAGGGCCAGGCCGUGCGCAAGCAGCUCUGGGAUACGGCCAACACAGUGAAGGAGAAGUUCGGAAGGAAGCUUUAUGAAUCCCUGCUGGUGGGGAGCCUCCCAGACAUGAACAAGAUGCUGGACAAGGAGGACUUCACGAUGAUGAAGAGAGCCAUCUUUGCCACACAGCGGCAGUCUUUCCCCCCUGUGUGCACCCACAACAUGCUGGACGACUCCUCAGACCCGAUCCUGACCACCAUUCGCCGAAUUGGCCUCUUCAAUAGCAGCGCCGACAGGGUCAAGGUAAUUUUCCACCCGGAGUUCCUGUCCUCCACCAGCCCCCUGCUGCCCGUGGACUAUGAGGAGUUCGUCCGUGGCUGCCACCUUGGGGUCUUCCCCUCCUAUUAUGAGCCUUGGGGCUACACGCCGGCCGAGUGCACGGUGAUGGGCAUCCCCAGCAUCUCCACCAACCUCUCCGGCUUCGGCUGCUUCAUGGAGGAGCACAUCGCAGACCCCUCGGCAUACGGCAUCUACAUUCUGGACCGGCGGUUCCGCAGCCUGGAUGAUUCCUGCUCGCAGCUCACCUCCUUCCUCUACAGCUUCUGCCAGCAGAGCCGGCGGCAGCGCAUCAUCCAGCGGAACCGCACCGAGCGCCUCUCCGACCUUCUGGACUGGAAAUACUUGGGCCGGUACUAUAUGUCUGCUCGCCACAUGGCGCUGGCCAAGGCCUUCCCAGAGCACUUCACCUACGAGCCCCACGAGGCUGACACGACCCAGGGCUACCGCUACCCACGGCCCGCCUCGGUGCCGCCGUCACCCUCGCUGUCUCGGCACUCGAGCCCGCACCUGAGCGAGGACGAGGAGGACCCCCAGGACCAGCUGCCGAACGAAGAAGGCGAGCGCUACGACGAGGACAAGGAGGCCGCCAAGGACCGGCGCAACAUCCGCGCCCCCGAGUGGCAGCGCCGCUCCAACUGCACCUCUUCCACCGGCGGGAGCAAGCGCAACUCGGUGGACACGGCGCCCUCCAGCUCGGCCAGCAGCCCCAGCGAGCCCCUGAGCCCCGCCAGCUCCCUGGGCGAGGAGCGCAACUAAGUCCCCCAACCCCACCCCCACCCCCAACCCCCGCGCCACACUCUGCGCGCCCCGCCUCCCCGGCCCCGAGGGCGCUGUUCCUAAACCCACUCCAGAUCCCGGACCUGCCGUGGGGCCCACAGCCCCGCCCCCUCCACCAUCCACUCCAGCCCCUCCAGCCCCGCCCUGGAACCCCCACACUCCAGAAUGUACAACGCCGUGCCUUUCCCCGGUUCCAGAAUGCCAAACCUGUGCCCUCGCGUCUCCCAGGUCUGGCCUGGGUCACCAGAGGCCAGGAAUCUGCCAAUACCCUGUCAUGGUGCCAGGGUUUUCAGGAAACCUGGCCCGUCGCCUUCCAGGCCGGGGCUCCUGGGACGCUCCGUGGCUUGCAAAUCCGACAGCACACCGAGCACGCCCUGCUCGGGCCUGGCCUGGGGACCCGCGAGAGCCUUGUCCCUGCUGAAGGGACAACCAAGCUGAGCGCUGGAGCGCACUUUUCAAGGACUUGAGCUCACCGAAUGCAGAAGGUCCUCCAUUUCAACUCCAGAACUCGGGCUCCAGGCAGGACACCACGUGUUUCCUCUGGUCUGGCCCCCCCCUGUGGGGUCGGGUUCUGCCUGGAGGACCCCUCCACCCGUCGCCCCCUCUCCUUUUACACUUUAGCCCAGCCAAGGGGGGCAGAACCACUUGGCUUCUCGUUGCUACUGGAGAACGUGCAGUAUAUGGCUCUAGAUGCCCUUCUGGCCUUUUCUAGACCCAACCCUGCUCCUUCCUUCCUGAGUCUGAGUUCUCCUCUGUAUUUCAAGACUCUGUGCCCUCCAGGGAGGCCCCCCCACCCCCAGCUGAGGGCAGACCUGGCUGUCUUACAACACCACCCCCCCAACCGCCAGGCCCACCCAAAACCACUGGGUUCUAGGUCCCCCGCUGCCGAAUCUAGAACCUCACCACUGUGCUGCGCCCCUGGUCUAGAACUGAGCCCACUGGGGUUCUAGAACUUCCAUUCUUUAUUUUUUUUACCUCAAGGCUCUUCUGUCCCCAGCUUUGGUGAAAGGGAGGUGUCCCCCUCACGUGUGCUGUGCUGUGUCUGAUGUACUUGGUUUGCCCUUGGGAGUGGGGGGCAGAAGGGAUAUGACUGAAGUGUGUGUGGAGAUGAAAAACAAAAAUACAUCUAUAUUUAAGAA